GGUCACCUCGCCUUCCCCACCAAGAACUUGGCCAGUUACAUGGACUCAUCGCCGCUCAAUUUUACAGCGGCUGCUCGCAGCAGCUGCCCGCCUCUCGCCUCGCUUGCCGGCUUGCCGCCUUCGUUCCCUCCUCCCUUCGUAGCUCCUAGCUCCUCUCAUCAAACGGCCUAGCACGACCUUGCUAGGCGGAGCAAGCUCUCGUGGCAGCAUCUAUCUAUGUCCAUGGCCGUCGUCCUUUCGCUCAGGCUGGGCUUCGUGGCGCCGCCUUAUCCUAGGACCGGCAGCGGAAGGUUCGUCUCGUCAUGCCGGGCCGUCGCCAGCGCCGGAGGAGGACCCCCGCGCCCCAUCACCGUCGCCGGUGACCCGCCCACCGUCGUGUCUGCGCCCGACCGCCGCAUUGUCGCCAUUGGCGAUGUCCACGGCGAUCUCUCCCAGACGAGAGCGGCGCUGGUGUUGGCCGGCGUCCUGAGCGCGGAAUCAGACGGCCAUGUGUGGACAGGCGGGCGCACGGUACUGGUUCAAGUUGGGGACAUCCUUGAUCGUGGGAAAGAUGAAAUUGCCAUACUGUCACUGUUGAGCUCACUGAACUUGCAAGCCAAAUCUCAAGGUGGUGCUGUAUUUCAGGUUAAUGGAAACCAUGAAACCAUGAAUGUGGAAGGUGAUUUCCGGUAUGUUGAUCCGGGGGGUUUUGAUGAGUGCAUACGCUUCCUUGAGUACCUUGAUGAAAGUGAUGGUAACUGGGAAGAGGUCUUUCUCAACUGGGUUGACGUCUCUGAAAGGAGGAAGAAAGAAUACAGGGCUUCGCCUAACAGUGACUGGCGUCCUUGGAACUUUGUCAAUAAGCAGAGAGGGUUUGCUGCAAGAUCAUCGCUUUUCAAGCGAGGUGGUCCAUUAGCUUGUGAAUUGGCACGUCAUCCUGUUGUCCUUAAGAUCAAUGACUGGGUAUUUUGUCAUGGUGGCCUUCUUCCUCAUCAUGUUGAAUACGGGAUUGAGCGUAUGAACAGAGAAGUGUCAAUGUGGAUGAAAUGUUCAGGUGAAGACAGCGAUGAUGAGACAGGCAUCCCUUUCAUAGCUACUAGAGGUUAUGACAGUGUGGUAUGGAGCCGACUGUACUCGCAUGACCCUGCCGAAAGGCCGCGCCGUGCUUUGAUGCUAUCUUCCAUUGUUGCUGAGCAAACGCUGAAAUCUGUGGGAGCAAAGGGGAUGGUGGUAGGGCAUACUCCCCAGAUUGGUGGUGUGAAUUGCAAAUGCGACGGCAAAGUUUGGUGCGUUGAUGUGGGCAUGUCGUAUGGUGUUCUCUACUCAAGACCAGAGGUUCUAGAAAUAGUCAAUGACAGACCAAGGGUUUUGAAAAAGCGGAGAGACUCAUAUGACGAGAUGGAAGUGUUGGACUAUUUAUAAAACAUUGAGAAACAUGUGUAUAUAAUAGCAAACAUUCUUUGUCCGGAGAGCUACAGUACCAGACAAUUUGGGUGGAAAUAUAGGAAGGAAAGUUACAGCGAUAUAUAUAAACUCAAGUGAAGGUUUUCUCGAUGUGGUGAAUGCUUGCCCACACGAAGGCGAAGGUUUGCGGCCUAUUUUGCCAAGCAGGAGGAAAAAAAAAUUGGUGGUGCUCGCACUUUCAUCAACAUCCAAGGAUUCCUCCAUAGUGGUCUUCUUCAGAGCUGUAGGCAAUCAGGUAUCGUGAAGUAGUAGAACGAGCGGGAGGAGACGUGAUAAUGCCGAAGGCUUCUCAUGUAAAUGCUUUGUCAUCUUAAGAAAAAAAUUGUCCUUUUUCAUGUCAUCGAUAGCUAGAAUCCGCAAGCAUUGUGAACACCAAAAUACAGAAGAAAAGCCUACAGAACCAGUCAACCAGCUGACCCUGGAUUGUUAGUAAGCAAAGUGCAUUUGAUACUUUUCCUGCAAAUUUGGCUUAUAUUUUAGUACGUGUAUUCACAA